UCAAAUGAAAUAGCAAUAUAUGGUGAACAUGAAAUCAAAAUAUUAGAAUGGCGUGAAGCAAAAUUGCUUUUAAAAAAUUAUCAAGAGUUUAAUUUUAUAAAUGGAUGGAGACGGAUUUUUACCAGUUCUCAAUUUUUAACACUUUAUCCAAAUUUAAGCAAAAUACUAGAUAAACCUUUGAAAGAUAGUUGA